AGAAAACAGAGUCGAAAAGAUAUAAAAAUUUGUCUUUAAAAUAUUAUUGUAAUUAUUCUAUUUCGAUAUUGCCAUAACUUAUGUAACAUAAAUGAUAAUGAGUAAAGAUGAAACCAAAGAAAAGAAAAAAUACAAAAUUAUAAUAAUUGGGGCGGGCAUCAGUGGACUUAGUUGUGCAGCACAUCUAGUCCAGAAUGGCAUAUCGGAUUUGCUAAUAUUGGAAGCGAGAAAUCGCAUCGGUGGACGAAUAUUAUCAAUCGACUUGGGUGGUCAAAAGGUGGAAUUAGGUGCUAACUGGAUACAUGGAAUUCUAGGAAAUCCCGUGUUUGAGCUAGCAAUCCAGAAUGGACUGGUAAAUGUGGUUAACAUACCAAAACAGCAUAAGAUUGUAGCAGCAACGGAAGAUGGCAAACAAAUACCAUUCAUAAUGCUUGCGGAGAUAUACGAGGCAUAUUGUUGUUUCCUAAAACGAUGUGAAGAGUAUUUCAUCAGUGACUAUGUACCACCAGCUGGGAUCAAUUCCGUUGGAGAACACAUAAAUCUCGAGAUUGAAUUGUACUUAAAGAAUGUGACAGACGCAAAAGAGAAAUCUCUCAAAAGACAAAUAUUCGAUUGUCUCCUUAAGCGAGAAACGUGCAUCAGCGGUUGUCAUAGUAUGAAUGAAAUAGAUUUACUUGAACUAGGAAGUUACACAGAACUUCAGGGAGGUAACAUUGUUUUACCCUCGGGAUACAGCUCGAUUCUCACGCCUUUAGUAAAGAUGUUGCCUGAAGAUAAUAUUGUGACAAAUUGCCCAGUAAAAACGAUAUUUUGGCGACGAAAAACGGACAACAACACUGACACCGAAGAAGAAGAAGAAGUGGAUGAUGCAGCUUCAGAUGACUCUGACAAGACUGUAACGGAUGUGCCCAUAACGAAUCCGCAUCGAGUUAAGGUUUUAUGUGAAAAUGGGAAAAAGUAUUAUGCAGAUCAUGUCAUUGUCACGACUCCGUUAGGUGUCUUAAAAGAACACGGCAAAACGAUGUUCGUACCUGAAUUGCCACAAUUCAAAAUGGAAGCGAUUGAGCGUCUUAAUUUCGGUACUGUCGAUAAAAUUUACCUAGAAUACGAUAGACCAUUCCUAAAUCCAAGCAUAACGGAAGUCAUGCUUCUGUGGGAAACGGAUGAGGCGUCAAGUUCAUCUGACGAUUGGAUCACGUCAAAUUGGUUUCGUAAAAUUUAUUCGUUCACCAAACUCACCGACACCAUGUUACUUGGAUGGAUAUCCGGCAAGGAAGCAGAAUUCAUGGAAACGUUAACAUUCGAAGCAGUUGCUGAAAAAUGCACGGAAAUUCUAAGGAAGUUCCUUAAAGAUCCAUAUGUUCCCGUGCCUAAAAAAUGCAUUUUUACGACCUGGAAGAAACAACCUUACUCAAAGGGAUCGUACACAUCGAUCGGUGUCGGUGCCUCACAAGACGACAUCGAAAGCAUUGCACAACCAUUAUAUUCUAGUCCGCAUCAACUAAAGCCUUCAGUUUUGUUUGCCGGAGAGCACACGCAUUCAAAUUUUUACUCGACCUGCCAUGGCGCUUAUUUGAGUGGCCGUACCGCUGCUUUAGCAAUUUAUGAACCAGAAGUGUCGCAGGAAAUUUGCAUUGAAACGGAAAACAGCGACUUGAGUUCGUGGUUGGCGGGGAUUGCAUUGGAUUAAUUUGAAUUUGCCUUUUUUCAAUAACUUUUAUAGUUUAAUGGUAAAAUUAAUCUGAUUUUUUGAUACAACUUUAGUGAUGAAAAAUCUACUCAAUUGAUAUUCAGGCAUAGCUUUAAUUUUGUUUUAACAAUUUGUUACAAUUUGUAAAUGACAUGUUAGUGUAAUAGUUUUUUUCCUCAUUUUUAUAGUGUAUUUUUAUUUAUUUGAAAUAAAUAACUUUUUUUACCAA